AACCGAGGCGUACCGGGCCGGUGUACCUGAAACCCACAGUUCUACCGCACCGGACCGGACGGUACGUACGUACUUGGUACGCAGCUAUCUGAAGCUCCGAGCAAACAAAAAAAACGGAGGAUGCCACGGGAAAUUGAGAAAAUUUGGAAAAAGUUCUCCAUAGAGGAGUUUGAUUCGUUCAUCGUCUCGUCCAUGACUGAAUGGUGUUGAGUCAUUCACUAACACAGUAUGGAAUCGACGACAAAAAAGAUCUCGGUUUGAAAAUCUCGAGACCAUGGACCCUGUUGUUGAUGGUGAGGGUUCUCUCUCUGUGUCUCUGCAUUUCGAUCCUCAAAAGAUUCCAACGGUGCAACCCGGGAAAACCGCAAGCCGCCACUCGCACCACCAAAGACGCAUCGCACCUCAUCGCACCUCAUCGCACACCACACCACAACACAACACCGUACACCCACUAGAACGAACCAUGCUGACCAACAAGCUGGCCCUGAUCACGGGCGGAGGCGGGAGCAUCGGCAAGGCCAUUGCCGGGGCCUUUCUGGCCAGGAACAUCUCCGUCGUCCUGGCGGGCCGCCGGCUGUCCAAGCUCGAAGAGGCCCGGGCGGACCUCCUGGAAAAGCAGGCGGAAAAGGGCGGACCGCAGGGAACCGCGGCGACGGUCCACGCGAUUUCCUGCGACGUUUCCAGCGAGGACAGCGUCGUCCGGCUCUUCCGGCAGAUCGACGAGCUGGGCAGCGGCGGCGGACCCGGGGUCGACAUUCUGGUCAACAACGCCGGGAUCAACGCCACGGCCGGCUCGGUCGAGGAACUGACGGCGGGGGACAUGGAGGCCGUCCUCGGCGUCAACGUGGUGGGAGCCUUUCUGUGCGCCCGCGAGGCCAUCAAGCGCAUGAAGCAAAAGAAGGGCAGUGGCACCGGAACCGGAAACGGCCGCAUCGUCAACAUCGGGAGCAUCUCCUCCUUCAGCCCGCGGCCCAACUCCACCGCCUACACGACCUCCAAGUUCGCCAUCGCCGGCCUGUCCAAGAGCCUGGCGCUGGACGUCCGGGACCACGGAAUCGCCGUCGGGACGAUCCACCCGGGGAACGUCGUCUCGGAACUCCUGUCGCCGGAAGACGUGGAGGUCCGGGGCCGGACGGAGGGCUUUCUCCGCCCCGAGGACGUCGCGGGGUGCGUCCUAACCAUGGUCGAGCUGCCCCCCUCCGCGAACGUCCUGGAGAUGACGGUGAUGCCGACCACCCAGCCCCUGGUGGGGCGGGGGUGAGCCGGGGCGAUGCGGUGCGAUGGAACGCGAUGCGAUGGAACGCAAUGCAAUGGAACGCGAUGCAAGGAAAUGCGAUCGACCGAGGCAAGACCCGUACCACGAACGCAACCGCGGACGCACCGUGUCGCGAGAUGUGGCAAAGACGACGGAGGAACGGGAGGUGCGCCAGUCUGGUUCUCGCAGCAUGCGGCAGCAGCAGCAACAACAACAACAAAAACAACAACUAGAGGAAUGAAUACGUGUUCUUGUCGCACUGCUAGUAGGACUAGUACUUCUGUUGUGGGUCCAAACACCACUUUCCAGAGUCAAACAUCAUACUAAUCUCGAAGAAGAUCUACAAUUUUUUAGCCCAUAGCCUUGGGGACAACAAGAAGAAGAACUUCUUGUUCCUGUUCCAGAUUAUAGCUACUAUUAUAGAAUAUUGUUUCCUAUUCCAGAAUAACCUUGAGUACUACAGUAAACCACCUCUAUGGUU